AUGACUAUUGUGUAUAUCACCAAUAUCGUUAUUUCAGCAUGUGUUAUUAUCAUUGGUGUCGGACUUCUUCUGCAUCGAAGGAUAGUGCAAGGACAUCGCAUGUUUGAAGCACACUCGCCUCGAGAGUAUCUUCGGCCCAAACCCAUUGACGGCAUGCUUUUUUUGAUAAUGAUCUUCAACCUUCUUCGAUUAAUCAACAGUGUGAUCCUGAUCACUAACGUUGCUGACAAUCCGAUAUCAAGAUCAUUCAUGUACGAGUUUCCUUGGCAAUUUGGAUAUGGCUCGUUCGUACUGUACGUUGUCGGCAUUGCGCGCACAUUGGCAAAUAGCCAUAAAUCUGUUUCUUCAGGAUGGUUGCCUUCCACGCAGACCGUGGACAUCGUUGGCGUCAUUUUAUUCUUUGCUCCAUUUAUUAUCAAUAACACCUGUUCCUUGGCGGCGGGGAUUCUCGAUUUCUCCCACUAUGAGAUAGCGGUCAUUUUCACUCGGCUACUCUACAUAUUCUGGUUUAUCCACUGCACCGGUCUUGCGAUUACCGUUAUGUGGGCAGGCAUUCGCCUCAUCAACGUCUUGAAUCAGCAUUUAAGGAAAGCAGGCACUUCGACAUCGCGAUAUGCAACACUGAAAACCGGCAUUUUCAAGAUUCGUACAGUCAUGAGUAUCAUUGUCGUCUGCUUGAUGUUAUUUGCUGCUCUAUUGCUGGCCUUUGGGUUGUUGCGCACUCACAUCUUAAAAAGCGUUGCUGGCAGUAUUUUUGUCGGCGCGGUAUGGAAUUUUCUGGGGCCUGCAGCUACAAUUUUGGUGGAAAUUGCAAUUAUUUUCAAUCCAAAAAUUGAUGAUCCUAAUCUUGGUCUCAAGUCAUCGAGUGGGGGAAAGACCUCUCAAACAAAUGAUAGCCAACUAUCGACGGUGGGCAACAGUCAAACCUUUGCGUUCAGCGAAUCGAAAGAGCUGCCAACAUUUUCAUUUAUGAGUCCAAACGACGAUUUGAAAGAACAACAAUUACGCUAUGAAGAAGUUUUUCACCGAUACAACCUGUAUGCGAAUAUGAAGAAUUCUCAGACCGAUCAUAAAAUGCCACAACGGAAAGAAAGCGCUUUGCCACUCAAUCCCAUGCACCAGGAAUCUAGCGAAUCGACAGACACGUCUUCAGCAAAUACAGAUUUCGUCGCCCCUGAUGCGUUUGCUUCCCGGGCAGGGCUAACACUACAUCCUGCGUAG